UAACAAAAAUUAACUCUAUUUUCACACAGCUUUAAUCCAAUUCUUGAGAGCUGGAUGGGAGAAAUAAAUUCAUACAUUUUCUUUACUUUUCUUAUAUGCUGCUGUGUUAUAUAACCCAAUUUUUUGUGGAACGGAACCACAUUCCCUUUCAGCGCUAAGCACUGAAUAUUUUUUCAAUGCUCACUUUACCAUUGUACUUGUAGUGGUUUAUUGAAAUUAAUGUGAAACUAUGAAUUGUCCUUCUAGUUUUUUGCUCAGACCGCUCAUGCCUUCCAUGCUUAAAGGACAGUUGUAAAGUAAUAUUUGAUCAGUUACUCCAUUUCUUCCUCUUAGACAAUUAAAUAUGACAUGCAAAGGGAAAUAAAUGCUUCUCGAGCAAGUAGUUAUUCUCUGUUGGAUCUGAUAAGAACGCCUGUGGUGCGUUGGAUAUCUUUUUGUAUAUGUUGUACUUGGUUCUCCACCAGCUUUGCCUAUUAUGGUCUAGCAAUGGACCUUCAGAAAUUUGGACUAAGCAUCUAUAUUGUUCAGAUUAUCUUUGGAACAGUUGAUAUCCCAGCCAAGUUUUUCUCCUAUUUUGUGAUGACACACAUGGGACGUCGUGUUCUACAAGCUGCUAGUUUGAUUUUAGCGGGGAUUGCAAUUUUAGUGAAUGUCUUUGUUCCUGAAGAGUUUCAGACAGUGAGAACCUCAAUGGCUGUUUUUGGGAAAGGAUGUCUAGCAGCAUCUUUUACCUGUCUGUUUCUAUACACUGGUGAACUGUACCCAACUGUUAUCAGGUGA